UUGCACCGUGCAUCCAGUGUUCCAGAGCAUGUCUAUAACAUGGGCAUUACUGAAAAUGAUUUUGCACCAAGAACGCCCUACGGCUUCUCAUAUUAUAAGUCAAACCAGGUGGCCUCACCAUCCUCCUAUACAAACGGCUGGGGGACGAAGAUUACUUACAAGACGAUGGAAGAGAGAGCUCAAAGACAGCCUCUGAAGAGACUAGAGGUUUCACCCCAACGAGGUCCUGAAAGAUUGGCAUAUGUGUCCAAUGAUUUUCACUAUGACGGAGGGAUUUCAGCUGGAUUCUCCAUGAGGCAUGGAGAUAGCAGGAGAACCGGCGGGACUGUCCCACCGAGAUAUGCUCGGUCUGAGAUUGUUGGUUACACUCUUCAUGAUUCAGUGAACAGGGGACGCUCCUUUAAGAGACACUCCCACAUGGGGGCUGUUAAUGAUGCCGUCCUUGAUGGUGUCUACUCCAGCCCCGCUGUACCUCUGUAUCAUCAAGCAGGCAACAGUCGCAGUAUGACCAACCUUUUGGAGAAAGAGAACUACCUGACCUUGGGCAGUGCGAUGGGACAAGUGAGAUCACCAAUUGCUUCCCAUUUGGGGUCUCAAAACAGGCAAUCUUUAAGGUCCAGCUGGUACCAAACUACUCUCAGAACCACACAGACCAGGAGGGAAGGUUCCCAGCCAGCUUCAAUAACCAGCGUCACUGCAGAAACAGAUGGGAAGAGGAUGCCAUUGACAGCUGCUAUGGCAGCAGCGGGCAGAAAUGGUUUCCUGCAGAGUGAACAAGUCACCAUCAAUGGAUCUCAGCUAGGGAGCCCAGAGGGGGAGAUGACUCUUGAGCGUGCAGUGAGCAUACUGAAGGGUGAAAAUACACAGUCCACACCUAGGAUUCUGGCUGCAGUGACUUUCAUACAGCAUGAGUGCUUCCAGAAAGCGGAUGCCAGAAGAAAAGUUUUCUCACUUGGUGGUAUCCCCAAACUUCUACAGCUUCUUGAUGUUCAGAACGAGGACAUCCAGCGGGCAGCAUGUGGUGCUCUGAGAAACUUGGUGUUUGAGGACAAUGACAACAAACUGGAAGUGUCGGAGCAGAAAGGGAUCCCUCUCUUGCUCCACCUACUCCGACACACCAGGGACGUGGAGACUAAAAAGCAAAUAGCAGGUUUGUUGUGGAAUUUGUCCUCCAAUGACCAGCUGAAGCACCUGUUGAUUAGAGAAGCCCUGCAGACGCUGACUGAAGCCGUUCUCAUCCCUUACUCAGGCUGGCCAGAUCGAGAUUACCCAAAGUCAAGUAUUUUACCUGACCCUGAUAUCUUCUACAAUGCCACAGGAUGCUUGAGAAACAUGAGCUCUGCCGGCCCAGAAGGAAGGAAAAAGAUGAGAGAAUGCGACGGCUUGAUUGAUUCUCUUGUGUAUUAUAUCCAAGGAGCUAUUGCAGACCACGAGCCUAAUGACAAGGCCACAGAGAACUGCGUGUGCAUUCUUCACAAUCUUUCCUACCAGCUAGAGAUAGAGCUCCCUGAAAGCUAUGCCCAGAGCAUAUAUAUGCAAAGAAGAAAUGUUUCUAGCCAUGAUAAAACACCGGGCUGUUUUGGAACACGGAGCAGAAAAGUAAAAGAGAAGCAGCAGGACACCCCACUACCUGAGGAAAAGAGCAAUCCCAGAGGUGUUGAAUCGCUCUGGCAUUCCACACUGAUUAGGAUAUAUCUCUCCUUAAUAGCAAAGAGUACCAGAAACUAUACCCAGGAAGCAUCCCUGGGAGCUCUUCAGAACCUCACAGCUGGCACUGGACCGAUGCCAUUUUCGGUAGCCCAGACUGUUGUUCAGAAGGCAAAUGGCCUUCCAAGUAUUCGAACUAUGCUGCAUGUAAGCCACCCAACAGUAAAGAAGACAGCAGUCUCACUGCUCAGGAACUUGUCUCGCAACACCUCUCUGCAAAGUGUCAUAGCUAGAGAAGUUUUGCCUGAUUUGGUCUUGAUACUUCCCGAGUCUGUCCCAGAGUCUGAUAUUGUCUGUGAAACCACAGCGUCUGUCUGCUACACCUUGUUCAAUUUGACACAGAGCAGUUCCCACAACACACGGCUUCUCCUGAGUGCUGGUGGCAUACCAAAGAUUAUUACCAUCAGCAUGAAUGACAGUAAUACAUUCAGCAAAGCUAGUAGGGCUGCUUCAGUCCUCCUCUACGCCUUGUGGUCACAUACCGAUCUCCACAGUGCUUACAAAAAGGCUGACUUUAAGAAGGCGGAUUUCAUCAAUACCCGGACCACAAAAGCCUAUAACUCACUAAAAGAUUGA